CAGCUGUACUAGGAAGUAAACAACAGCUAAAGCUUAGCGGCUGGGAAACAAGUAGUAGACCAGUUGAGCUGAUAAAAGUAGUCGUGCAAUCAGUUACCUAUCGUUUGAUGAUUUGCGCUACAGCACUCAGCACAUUCGCUUUUCAAUAGAACGUAUAACAUUAGAAACCAGCUGAGCUGAGCGGCAGUAGGAGGAUGAUGAGGCCGUGUGUUCCCCAGGGGUCCUGUGGAUCAUGCCUCUGAUCCUGUUUGCCUUUGUGGUGCGGGUAAGGGACGGACUUCCCCUCUCGGCCUCCACAGACUUUGAGCACAACAAGGAACUUCAGGAGCGGAAACAACAGUUGAAAACCAUCUCCAAGACUCUGAACCUGUUCCCUGAGAGAGGGGUGGUCAAGGGUCAUGAACUCAACAUCUACUUAAUCUCCUGUGAGGGUGUGUCCUAUAUGACGGUGUGUCACCACAGCCUGCCUGUAGCCUUGGCCUUCUGCUUCCUGGAGGACCUGCGCUGGGAGUUCACAGCAUGCUUCGACUCCGCCAGGGUCGCCCUGGCAGUGAGGCCCUACCCAUUCCUGGAUUUUGACGGCACCAUCCAGAGGCUGAAGCAGCAGUACAACCAGAAGGGCUGUCCCACCCUGGAGGUCACCCUGGCAGAGGUCCAGGAGGACCUCAGGACUCGACCCCCUCAGGUCCUCUCUCUGGAGGAAUUACAGCUCACCAACGGUGCUGCCAAUGGGCACCUGGAACCAGUCCCAGCCUCUGGUCAGAAUCAGAGACUGGCACCAGUAACAGCACCAGGCAUCCUCUCCCUGGUCCUGAACAUUGUGUGUGCUUCUCUGAACCUCAUCAGGGGCAUCCACCUUAUCGAGUACACAUUUCAGGAUGAUUAUGAAGGAAUAUGGAAUGUUGUGGCAUUUCUCCUGGCAUUUGUCUGCUGUGUUUGUCAGUGUCACCUGUACCUGUUCCACUCGUCUCUGAAGAAGUUGAAGUCUCUCAGUCUGCUAAGCGUGAUCGUCCUAUGCAACGUUUUCCUGUUCGGCCUGAGGAACAUCUGGCAGCUGCUCUUUCACAUGUCUGUUGCUUCCAUCUCCACCCUGCUCAUCCUUUCCCGCAAACUCCAGGACAGAACCAAUGACUGUGGGGUCUGAGGGGCAGGGGACAGUUGAGCAGGCGGCACCACUUGUCUACAAUUCUUCACUCUGCAACACUAAAGAGGAAGGAGGGUAGGGGUCGAUGAAGAUGGAAGCCGCUGGAAUGUGGGUUUUUAAAUUUGUUUUUUUAGUGUUUGAUAUGAAGGAUUAUUUUCUGACUACUAGUGGUACUUUGUUUACAUAGCCUCAAAGACCCAUUGGAAUAGCACAGAGUAAAGCUGACAUGUUGGAUCCAAAUUUCAAUUUAAAUAUUAAUUCAAAAGCAAAGGCAAUAAUUUUGGGUGAGUCAAUGACUGAAGUACUAAUGAGCUAAGGAAAUUGUAAAGGGAAUUUUGUAUGAUUUAAAUAAGUGAUUGAGCGAUGCCAGGUAGCUUGUUGAAGGAUGUCCAGUACAUGAAAAUGUAUCAAAGUUUCUCACCAAAGUUUGGUCUUACAAAAACUUUCAAAGAGGGUAAUGCUUUACAUACACCAUGAUAAUGUCCUUUAAGUAAAAAUGUUCUUUUCAGGUGGAUCAGUGUUAUGUUUUAACAGUUCAGGGUUUGUAAGAGUUGCUUAGUUAGGGAUCAUUAUUGGUACAGAGUUGACAAGUCAUAACUGUCAUAACAUUUAACACUUAUACUGUGUUAUAAAGUGUGGGUGUUGCAUCAUUGCUAAUUGUUUAGACCUAAUGGCAAUCGACUUAAAGCAACAUGACCUUUCAUGCCUUACUGUUAAUGCCUGCAAUUAUUAUUUGUAUUAUAUGUUAACUAUUCAGUUAUUUUGUAUUGUACACAUUCACAGGGUACUAGAUAUUUACCAGCAAGUGCUUCAGUAUGGAUUUUGUAAUCUGAGGACUCUAUUCCGUUUGCCAGACUAGUAUGGGUCACAGUAAUAAGUAAUAAGCACAUCAUGUGCUUCAUUUGAGCAAAAAAGCCAUGAUCAAAUGGACCCAGCUUUUAAAACAACCCAUUUUCUAUGAUUGACAGCGACACUGAAGGGGCAGUUUGUGAAUAUUUCACAUCCACUACUGACAUUUACACAAGACUCUUUAGUCUAAAGUAAAGAUGUUUUAAAACGUUUUGUUGAGAAGCACUGAUUAGUAAUGUGUGGGGCAAUGAAUCUAAAAUAUUUCUAUAUUAGAAUAGGCCUACAAUCACUUUGCACUAUAGGUAGAUUUCUUAUUUUGUGAGCUACUGAAUGAGCUCUGCAGAAAUUCUGCAGAAAUUCAUUCAAAUUAUUCAAAUUUUUUAAUUGAUUGGAAAGUUAUUGGAUUGUGAACUUGUGUUUCUACUAUGUACUCCUGAGGUAUAGUUUGUAUUGUCUGUAUACGAUGAUAGCUGCUAUAACUAAUAGACAUGUUCAUGAAUUUAUUUCUAUUCAAAUGUUUUAGCUGCUUGUGGAUUUGAAGUAUAGGAAAGUAGUGUAUUUUUUCAUUUAAGUGACAAAAGUACAGUAUAGAAGUUUUGGUUUUUCAGACAUAGCUUAUCAAAAGAACAAUAUAACAGUUUAAUACUCAAAUCUAGAGUAGUUAGAGAUAUACAUGCUGCUGUGGUUUAUUUCUAUAAAGAGUAGACUAAUGUGCGAUGUGUAUUAUGUUGACCAAAUGAAUGACCCAUUGUAGGCUGUUGCCAUAUAUUAAGUAAUGUGGUGAAUUCUGUUGAAUUUUUGUGGUUAUUUAUACGAUUUACAAAAUGUCUUAAAAUUAAGAGGUAAUGUUUGCUUUAUAGGACAGGCAGUGUGUAGCAGCAGUAAUUAAAAUUUGUUAACAAUUGCAAUGUGUUCUGCAUGUGCACUUGAUUGACCUUUUGGUAUGUCUCCCUCCAAUUACUUUAACAAAUGAAGCACUUUUAAGUUUAGCCUACCAUCACUGGAUUGUUAUCCUUUUCCUGGAUUGUUUAUGGUUUGGGACAGUUUCUUCACCCAAGUGAGAAAAACAACUAAUUGAAAAUGGAAUUAAAGCCAUUGUUGAGUAAAAAACAAUGAGUAUGAAAUAAUGCUUGGAUACCAUAUUGUCCAUUAAAAUAUAGUGAGGUAACUAGUAAUGUUGUACUCUGUCAUAAACCGGUGAAAUUGACACAAUAAAUACAGUGUCUUUUUGCAU